GUCCAAACCUGAUUUAAUCCGUCUCAUCACUAUCAGAAGUCUCGGACAUUUCUACGAAGGAGGAUGGAUCAACAAGUGCCUACACCGCGACAAUUUUUGACAACCCUCAUAAAUAGUCUUGCUUCAAUCCCCGUUCCCUCCACCAUUUCGUCAGUUCAUACAGGUCCUGUUAAUACGGGACCAUCAAACCCUCUCAAACUCAUACCUCACACCUACCGACCUUUUCUCACAACUCUCUAUACUCUAUACCCUUUAACCCUUCUUCCCGCGCUGGACCUCCUAGACCGCCGUCUCGCCACGCGUGUUAUCAUCAACGCUCUCCCGCACCAACGACCACAAUCAAGACUAGGGGUGGAAAUAGGCCCAUCAUCGUCAUUGUCACCAAGCUCUAGCAAAGUAACGCCAGAAAACAGCGAGACAACUCUGUCCACGUUCUAUAUCGUGCGUUCCGCGCAGCCGCAGCAUCCGCGUCGUGGCGAAUCCUCCUCGUCGACAGGUCUAUCGUACGUCGUUCGCCUCAGUGCCUGGAACUGCACGUGCGCGGCCUUUGCGUUUGCCGCCUUCCCGCGCAAGGAGCGGGAAUCGAAUCCCUACCCCAUAGACACUCCCUCCAACUCCCUUGGUUCCUGUAUAAGACAGGACGAUAAGUCGUCGAGGGGAACGGAGUGGGAAUUUGGGGCCUUGAGUGCGGACGGCACGGAAGGGAGCGGGAUUGAUGGGGUUCCCUGCUGUAAGCACCUACUGGCGUGCGUAUUGGCGGAGAGGUGGGAUGGUUUGCUUGGGGGCUAUGUGGACGAGAGGAUUGUGAGUAGGGAGGAAGGCGCGGGAUUGGUCGCGGAUAUCUGAGGGGUUAAUAGGGGGAGAGGAGAUGUACAUUAUGACAUCUAUGACUCCAAUAAUGAUUUCACGA